AUGACUGCCUCUGCCCAUUAUAACUAUAACAGAAGAAAUUCUAGCGCAACACCGUACACAAUACCAACAAAACAUCAACCACAACACCAACACCAAUCACCCAUGGUGUCGUCGUACCAAGUUCAUCACCAUCAACAUAGUUAUAAUCCACAAACGCGACAACAUACAUCUUAUCAACCGUCGUAUUCUCAGGAAUCAGCUAUAUCGUCGCCACUAUUAUCGGCAUCGGUACCGACAUUAUCCCGAGAAUUUGUUGUACGCAGAAUCAGUGAAGGUGAGACCGGACGAUUGAAAGAAGAAUUGAGAUGUGAAGCAUGUGGGAAAGGGUAUAAGCAUAUAUCGUCAUUGGCUAAACAUUUAUGGGAACAUACUCCAGAAUGGAAUGUGACUAAAAAAUUGUUAAUUUCAAAACAUCAACAAGUACAAUUAUUGGAAGCUGCCAGUAUUUUGGUGGGUAUGAAUGAAAAUAAUGCCAAUGGUACUGCUCAUCUGGCGUAUCAUGCACGUACAUUUUCAGAUCAAUACAAUAACGCUCCACCAUAUUCUCCACCUAGUACUUCACAUACAUCAGAUUCGUCAACGACCCCUACGAUAAGUCACAGUAAUAACCAAGACUUUAACGGGGAUCAAGAGCAAGGAAUUCAAUUUAGAAAUGGGUAUCAUCACAAUGAGUAUGAAGGUGAAGAGUAUGACGAUUAUGAGGGACAAAAAAGAAUGGAUUACGGUCGUUCCCGGUCAGUUUCUCAUGAACCUCCAACAAACCACUCAAAUGUCAAUGGAACAUCACCCAUGGUAGGACCAACAAAUGGAAACAAAUUUGAAAGGUCAUUAAAGUCACCAACGUUAUCAUAUAUAAAUAAUUCAGAGGAAUUGCCAGUGAAAACCAAUUUUUCAAUUGUGAAAAACAAAGUUGAGAUUGAUGAUAUUUUAGAUAAGAGAACAGAUUCCGCAUCUGAUGAAGAAGAAGAAGUAAUUGGUAAAAUGGAAGAUUGA